AAGCCCCGCCCCCUCAUGUCAUGAGCUAAAAUACACGGAAGUAGUUUAGAACUUGUCAACAAGAAAGGCCGUCUGACAUGGAGAAGUCUUCCUGAAUAAGAAACUAAGAUGGUGGUCCUCUGACAUUUUAUUUCUAGCCCUUUUAUAUUUUUUAAAUUUAAUUUUAGCUUUUAGAGGAGAAUCAUUGCCACAAUGAUGGUUACUUACAACCUUCGCACGCUCCUGGUUUUCACCGUAGCAGUGUGCUACUGUUUCAACCCUGCCCCCUGCUUUGCCCUUUGUGGACACACUCCUCAAGUCCUUGACAACAACGUGGGAGAGAUCAGGAGCUCGGCUUACCACAGCUGGUCCUAUCGCUUUGGCUCUACCUGUGACAGCUGGGUCAUCAAGGGUUUGGAAGGACAACCCAUCGUUCUCAGCUUUUCUCAAUUUUCAGUGCGGUGUAAGAAGGAAUGGGUGACAAUAAAAUCAUCUUCAGCUGGCAGUGAGCCGAUUGUCCUUUGUGGGUCUAAGUUGCCACAGCCCAUGGAAUUCCCAGGUGGAAAUAUAACAGUGGUGCACCACUUCCUUCCACAUCUGUUUCCAGUGUCAUCAUUUCUGUUAAGCUAUGCCAGAGAUGUGGGUGAAUGCCCUGUGACGUCCUUUGAAUGUCUGUUAGGGCAUUGCCUUCCCCUCUCCUGGCGCUGUAAUGGCCAGGUGGAGUGUUUGGGUGAAGGUCCUGGCCUUGGCAGUGAUGAACAAGGCUGCAAUACAGAAAUGGGAACUCCAGCACCGUCAAAGAAUAGUAGAAUACAGGUAGAAGAGCCCAAAAGGGAAAUUUACACAGAGAAAAAACAGGACUCGCAGAGACAAAAGGCCAUAGAUGAAACUCAAAGCUCAGACAGGUCAGCUGAGAGAGAUACCGAGUCUGAUCUGUGGGCGCUGCUGAAUGAGAGGGAGGAGGAAGAGGAGGAGGAUCAAGUGCAGCAUCAGACCCACAAGCCUGCUGUGACACCAGUCCCCAUCGAGUGGCCUUGCGGAGGACUACUCCAGACAUUUUAUGGGACCUUCUCCCCUCCAGCUAUUCGAGGUUCUGCUCUGUACUGCGUCUGGACGCUGGAUCCACAGGAUUCAAGGCCACUCAGACUGGAUCUUCAGCAGCUGAUACUGGGUCCAGGGGAUAGACUCACCAUCUACAAUGGGAAACAAGGCAAAGGAGAUGUUCUUAAAAUUAUCACCAGUACCUCCAAUUACAAACCAAUCCAAGUGGAAUCCCCUACUGGCCUGCUGUCGUUGACAUAUGAGACACUUUCUGACUCAGAGGGAAGUGGUUUCAAUGCCACAUUCCAUGUUGGAAGCUACUGCCCCCCGUGGGAAGGUCGGUGUGGAGGAACAUUUGGAGGUUGCUUUACCCAGGAGCAGCGUUGUGACGGGAAAUGGGACUGUCCUGAGACGGGGAAGGAUGAGGAAGGAUGUAGAGGCUGCGGUCUCAACCAGUUUGCCUGUGGAGUAGUGGGACAGAGAGCGGUGGCAUCUGGCCACUUCGCCGGCAGACCUGUGUGUUAUCCGGUCAAAGAGCGAUGCAACUACCAGCUGUACUGUGCUGAUGGCAGCGAUGAGAGGGACUGCACUGUUUGCCAGCCAGGAACCUUCCACUGCGACAGUGACAGGUGUGUGUUUGAGAGCUGGCGCUGUGACGGCCAGGUGGACUGUAAGGACGGCACAGAUGAGCUCAACUGCACCGUCAUCCUGCCCCGCAAGGUCAUCACCGCGGCAACGGUUGGGAGCCUGGUCUGUGGUCUCUUGCUGGUGAUCGCUAUGGGCUGCACCUGUAAACUGUACUCCCUUAGGACCAGAGAGUACAGCUUGUUUGCUCCAAUCAGCCGCCAGGAAGCAGAGCUGAUCCAGCAGCAGGCCCCUCCAUCCUAUGGUCAGCUGAUUGCCCAGGGCAUAAUUCCUCCAGUGGAAGACUUCCCCACAGAAAACCCCAAUGAGACCUCAUCUCUGUCUCUGAGGGGAAUUCUCCAGCUCCUCCGUCAGGAUGCCGCCAACUCCCCACAUCGCAGACGCAGGCCCCGGUUUGUCCGCCGAGCUGUCCGCCGCAUGAGGAGGUGGGGUCUAAUCCCCAGACCUCCCUCCAGGCCUACACAGACGUCAGGCUCCAGCCAGCAGCAGUCAGACAGCGCCCCUACUGGUCAGGAACCAGCUCACUCUACUCCCACAAGCUCCUCGUCGGCUGUGGAGGCGGUCAACCAGCCGGUGCCUCAGAAACUCGGCUUGUCCGAACAGCAGCAGCAGCAGGAAGCUCCGCCUCCUCUUCUGCCACUGCCCCCGCCUCCUGUCACCUCCCCACCACCUCCAUAUGCUCCCCCUGCUCCACCCACAGUCACCCCACACUCUCCCACUCUGGCCGUCCCCCCUAGCAGCCCCUCUCUUGCAUCCAUCUUCCACACACUGGGCCUGAGCAUCUCCCUCUUCAGAGCCUCACCUUCCUCCUCCUCCACCAACUCUAUGCCCCUCUCUGCCUCCCCCUCUUUCUCCUCAGCCUCUUCGGAUGACGAGGUGCUGCUUAUCCCUCUGUCUGAGGACGCCACCUCAGAGGAUGAUGUGCCCAUGCUCACCUGAACGACUCCCUCACUUUUCCCCCGUAACCCCACACCUCCUCCUCUAUCCCCUUUUACGCACUAAUAACUGAAACCCAGUCUUUCCACGUUUGUUUGAACUAAAGCACAGGAGCGGCCCACAGAGAGACGCACCCUCACUGUGCAAGUCUGGUGCCUUUAUUUUGAAAAUUGCUGAGUUGAAUUUGUUGACACAAGGAAUCAAGUGUUUUGACCAUUUCUAAAGACCUCCUUCAGAAAGUUUUAGCUGUAAAGCAUGGCUCAUGGAUGUGGAGAGCAAGUGUCGGUAAGUAUUGGUUGUGCACUUAAUGAAUGAAUGCUGGGCUGCACAUUGAAGGUAAACUUUUGCACAGAAGAAUCUUCCCUAUCCUGAGGCAGGCUACUGUCACGCUGAAUGAUUAAGAGUUUUUAAUGAUGGUAAUGAACAUGUUUAAUGUGUGGUUGUGACUGUGUGAAUGCAUUUUAGGCUUAAACCUAGACAGUGGAGUAUGUUUGUAGAUGCUUUUUGUCCUCACAUACUUCUGCCAUUUAGAUCUGGUCUCCCGCAUAGACCGUGUAUAAAAAGUGGAUGUAGUCGACCUAUUUGCAGGGUGAGUCUAACCAGGAAGUAACCGUUUUUUUAAAUAUCCAACUUCAGUCCCACUUUUAGUUGAUUGUUCAAUUGAUUUGAUUGAUAAAAUAACAAUAAUAACAAUAAUAAUAAUUAAAAAAAAUGUAUGGUUUACCACCAACAUUUUUGUUAUCAGCUUGAAAAUGGCUGUGCAUCAGCGUUGCACUGGAAGUGUUUCAGGAAUUUGCACCACUGCCAGAAAUGAAGCAGAUCAAGGGGAAAAAAUGCUCUAAAAAGCUCAUAAAACCCAAUGUGCAAUGUAGUCAUUUGACCUGGGAGUGAAUGCUGAGUAAACACUGGUCAAAAAAACCCAUUCAAGCCCUGAUUUAAAUGGGGUUUUGAUCAGUGCAAAUGUGGUGUUUAAUUCUCACAAGAAAUGGUAGUUUUUGUUUGCAACUGGAAGACCACAUCCACUAU